AUGUCUUCGAGAAAGAAACAUACCUCAAAUAAGCACAAAUGCUGUUCGCCAUCUCAACCGUGUCCUUGCUCUCCAUCGUCGUCUUGUCGAUAUUUGCGUCGACAAUCGCCGGCCAUCGUCGAAAUUCCUCAACUAUGUUGUAAUCCUGAAAUGGUCGACUUGACGACACCUUGUCGCACCGGAACCGUUCGCGUGCCCAGAGUGCAAUGCAAAAGCCAAUGCGUUCGCGUUCAAAGGCCUGAAAUACACUGCGAACCGUGCAAAGUGCCGAAGCCCUGUACGAAAUACAAAUCGGUCGAUAUACCUCAACCAUGCCCGAAACCUGUGCAAUGUCCAGUGCCCAAGUUAUGCUUCGAAUACCAACCGUGCGAAGUUAUCAAAUCAAAAGUACGCAGAUUGGAUGUGAAACUACCUAAACCGUGUUUACCAAAAAUCACACCACCCAAAAUGUGUUGCGAGCCGUGUCCAAUCACUAUUCCAAAAAUUAAAUGCCAGACAGUCAAAUGUUGCGUACCGAAGCCCGAAUUGCCUCAAGUUACUUUGGAAUGUCCUAGGUUUUGUCCUAAACCGAUGGAAGUUUGCAUUCCUAAAAUAUGCUCUGAUGUGCAAAAAAUCAAACUCAUGAAGCCGAUUAUUCGUAUCGAAAAGCCACCUCCGUGUCCUGUGGUAAAUGUGUGCUGUCCGAAUCCUUGCGCCGAUCGAGAUCCUUGUUAA